GUCACAACCAGCUGGAAUGAGGCGUGCACUCACUCGUCGAAAGAAGGGCCACAUUUCCUUGAUUGUGAAAUUUAUGCUGUAGCAAGCUCCACCUCUAUGGGAAGCAAUUAUAAACUAUGGGUAAUUUGAUUGGUCCUAGCGCUAGUCUUUCUUCGCUGCUUACACAUAAUACCGGUGGAUACGGAGGACGGCUCAACUAAGAAAAAUGAUAAGGUCAUUCGAAUUACUGUAGCGAGCGAGUUUAUUGCUACAAUGAAACUGAAAAAAUUGUACUGGCGAUAGGAAUGAACGGAUGAUUUAUAUAGAGGCAAAGUCGAACCAAGGAGGCAGGCAAAUUUGAUAUAAAUACGCCGGAGGGGUGGCAAUGCGCUGUUAUCGGAGACCCCUGUGUCUGUCAAUGUGCAAGUAGACGCCAGAGCGGUGGAAGGUUUUGCUAAAGCAAUCAAGGUGGAAUUGUACAAAACAAGUUCCACGUCCGGUGUAAUACGCACAUUACUGUGUUUGUGGGGGACGUGAAACAAGGAUGAUGCGCCUGGCUUGCUGCACCGUCCUCCUCUUCCUGCUCCGUCUCUUGGUGGGCCUGCCCUGGUUCCAGGUCCUCCCCUCCAUCCUCAUCUUCUACCUGGGCUCUGGAGGCUGGAAGUUCCUACUCAUUUUCGCCAAAACCAUCAGCAGAGAUUUACAUGCGGCAGGCGUCCUCCUCAAGGUGAAGUCAAACGUCAAUCGUCACCUGAAGGAACGAAACACCCUCCCUAAGAUCUUCGCCGAGACGGUCCGUCGCCAUGGGGACAAGACUGCGCUCAUUUUCGAGGGCACGGGCGAGAAGUGGUCCUUCCGGCAGCUGGAUGAGUACUCCAACCGCGUAGCCAACCUGCUGCUCCAGAGAGGCUUUGUGGAAGGGGAUGUGGUGGCUCUCUUCAUGGAGAACCGGUCCCAGUACGUGGGCCUCUGGCUGGGCAUGGCCAAGAUAGGAGUGGAGGCUGCUCUGAUCAACUUUAACCUGCGGCUGGAGGCCCUGGUGCACUGCGUCACCAUCUCAAACGCUAAGGCCGUGGUGUUCGGCAGCGAGCUGACCGAGGCGGUGUGUGAGGUCCACAGUUCCAUGGGGAAGACAGUACAGAUGCUGUGUUCAGGGGACUGGGACCCCAAACGUGUCCCUGCAGGGACAGAGUGCCUGGAGCCUCUACUGGAUGCCGCCCCGACCCACCUGCCCAUCCGCCCAGACCGCUGCUUCACUGAUCGUCUGUUCUACAUCUACACAUCUGGGACCACCGGGAUGCCCAAAGCUGCCAUCGUGGUGCACAGCAGGUACUACCGCAUGGCCUUGGUAUACUACGGCUUCGGUAUGACGCCUGAUGAUGUGUUAGAUUGCCUACCCCUCUACCACUCUGCAGGUAACAGUGUGAAACAUUGUCGCGUGGGGCAGUGCCUGAUCCACGGCAUGACGGUGGUCAUCAAGAAGAAGUUCUCUGCCUCCCGGUUCUACGACUGUGCCAAGUACAACUGCACGAUUGUCCAGUACAUCGGGGAGAUCUGCCGGUACCUGUUGAACCAGCCGGUAAAGGACAUAGAGGGUAAACACAAGGUCCGUAUGGCGCUCGGUAACGGCCUGCGCCAGUCCAUCUGGGAGGAGUUCACCUCUCGCUUCAACGUGCCACAGAUAGCAGAGUUCUACGGAGCCACAGAGUGCAACUGUAGCCUGGGAAACUUCGACAACAUGACAGGAGCAUGUGGCUUCAACAGCCAGAUCCUCCCCUUCAUCUACCCCAUCAGACUGGUGAAGGUAGAUGAGGAGACCAUGGAGCUAAUCAGAGGCCCCGAUGGCGUCUGCAUCCCCUGUGGGCCUGGUGAGCCCGGCCAGUUGGUAGGCAGGAUCAAUCAGAAAGACCCCCUGAGAAGGUUUGACGGCUACGUGAACGAAGGAGCCAACAGCAAGAAGACUGCUAACAGUGUCUUCAAGAAGGGAGAUACUGCCUAUCUCUCAGGCGAUGUCCUAGUCAUGGACCAGUACGGUUACAUGUACUUUAAGGAUCGUACAGGGGACACGUUCCGUUGGAAGGGAGAGAAUGUGUCGACCACAGAGGUGGAGGGAACCCUGAGCCGUCUGCUGGACAUGAAGGACGUGGUAGUCUACGGAGUGGAGGUGCCAGGCGCUGAGGGGAAGGCUGGGAUGGCCGCCGUAGCAGAUCCAGAGAGAUCUACAGACCUGGAGAAGUUUGGGAAGGAUCUGGAGAAAGCUCUGCCACCCUACGCACGACCUGUCUUCCUACGCUUCCUCAAAGAGGUCAACAAGACAGGCACCUAUAAGUUCCAGAAGACAGACAUGCGACGGGACGGUUUUGACCCCAGCAUGGUAUCAGACAAACUGUACUUCCUGGACCCCACCAGGGGGCGCUAUGUGGAGCUGCAUCAGGAGCUCUACAGCAGCAUCAUCUCAGGGAAGCAGAAACUGUAACUGUGAGAUCUGAUCACUCUUGCCCCCCCCCCCAAAACAAAUAUCACCCCAUCCACCCCCACACACACACACCCUAUUCCUGAAGUCACUCUCCCUCCCCCAGAAAAACUCCUAACUCUUACAACCCACCUCUCUGCUCUCUCUAAGCCCACACCCCUCGUUACCUCAGUGAGGGGCAUCUGGCUCGUCCAGGUCACAUGACAAGCCAAUCUGACACCAUAUCCCACGAUAGACCUAGAGUGACCUUUGACCUCUAAAGGCACCUCCCCCCGGAGCUUGACCUUGACCUGACCUGGAGCUAUAGGAACGCUCGCUGGAAGGACAUAGCUCGCUGGCUGAGAGGGGCGUGUGGCAUGUCCAGAAUGCAAAAACAUAGUAACUUACUCCAAAUGUAAGAGUCCUAGCUAGAGGAACUUGACACAAUGAAAGAACUUCAAUUGAAUGAAGGAAACAGUCCUGUCGGUUUGUCCGUCUCAUGUUGAGGUCACUCCCUCAUAGGCCCAACCUGCACACUGCCCAAUCAGUGACCAGUGGCUUCUGUUGUGACACAAAAUGGCCGAUUUGGUUUUAGUGGUGUUGACUCGGCCCAUCCAUGUUAGACAUACAGCUAAUCUGAAACUGAUGGAUUUAAGUGCAAUAGGGCUCCAGCAGUGGCAGUGCAAUGUACAGCUGUGAAGAAGCUCUCUAAUAUAUUUAAAUGUCUGCAUUAUACCAAAUAUAUUUAAUUUGUAGAAUAGUCUUUACACAUUUUAAAACAAAAGGAUGAUUGUAUGUUCAAGUUCCUGAUAAUAUGCCAAUUCAAAUUCUAAUGUUUUUCUAUAUCCACAAUUGUGCUCGGCUUUCUCCUGACCCCACCCACUAGGGGUGCUCCUCCUAGUCUUCAACUAUAGAAUCUACAGACCAACUCCCAGCUGCUGGAGCACCAAUGACUCUUACAGUUUCAAACCUGCUUCAGAAUGUUCUGAUUCUGGGUAGAAGAUUCAGAUUCUGAAUGUUCUGAUUCUGGGUAAAUUCGUUUAUUUUUUGUCUGUGUCAACAUUGUGCAGGUUGGGCCCAAUGGAUUGGCUUCGUCUUGUAUGGCAUAGUAGACAUUUUAAAGCUUGCCGAAGAGCGCGCUGAAGGGAAAAGCACUAACCUCCUCUGUCUCUGUUGAGGAUAAUACUGUGGUGCUACAGACAGAAGGAGACUCUGACUCUGGUGCAGCAAGCCGAACGAUCUAAACCAGGCCUCUCCAACCUUGUUCCUGGAGAGUUACCGUCUUGUAGGUUUUCACUCCAACCAUAAUC